AUCAGACGACGAGGUACCUAAAUGACUAAGUAGGUGUGUGACAGAGGGGACCUCUUGCUAGGUACUUCUUCCCUCACUUCCCUUCCUUCCAGCUAUAUACUCCACACACUCUGCUCGGGAACAGCUGAAGUCGAAGUUGCAGUCGUCGCCAGCUGGACUGUAUCGCCAGGUCUACUACUCUACUAUAGUACCUGCAUACAUACUGCUAGUUAGCUCCACACUCCACAAUCCUUAGCUCUCCGUCUGCCUGCAUUUCCCUAUAUGACCGAGCUGCCUCUUGAGCUUUCAACUCCACAACUACAAGCCAGACAGCGAAUUACUACCUCGAAGCUAUGGAGCAGGAGAAGAUUCGUUUGCAGGACCCCUUACUCAAGUCUUGCGACGAACCAAGCGACGCAAUGCAGCAGCGACGGAGCACACAGGCGAUCACACAUCGCGGGGAUCAAACAAAGUACCCCGAAAACACGAUGCUGGCGUUCGAAGCCGCUUUCGAAGCCGGGUCGGACGCGAUUGAGACGGAUCUACACCUCACGCGCGACGGCGUUGUGGUUAUGUCACAUGAUGCAACAUUGAAACGCUGCUUCGGCGUCGAGAAGAAAAUCAUCGACUGCGACUACUCGUACAUACAGACGCUGCGCACACUGAAGGAGCCGCAUCUGCCGCUACCCUCCCUGAAGGAGGUCGUCGAGUAUGUGCGUGACAAGGAUAUAUGGUUGCUGCUCGAUAUCAAGGUCGACAACGUCGCGGACGAUGUUAUGAGAUUGACUGCCGAGACAAUAAAGUCUGUCCAUGAUGGCGGCGCGGAAUACUGGCGAGAGAAGAUUGUUUUGGGGUGUUGGACGUUGAAGUUUUUACCUCUGUGCGAGAAGUAUCUUCCAGGAUUUCCGAUUGUCCAUAUCGGUUUCUCGACCACGUACGCCCGUGAGUUCCUGGAGCACACCAACGUCGGCUUCAACCUAUUCUGGCCAAUACUGCAAACCACGGCAGGUAAAGACCUUGCCAAAGAAGCCAAGGACGCGGGAAGGAAGGUGUAUGUCUGGACCGUCAACGAGGAGGAAACCAUGAAAUGGGCAAUAGAAAACGACUCAAUAGACGGCGUUUGCACUGACGAUCCCGUGAAAUUCCUAGAGCUGACUGACGGCUAUGGCGAGAUCUGGCUCGACGCCCCGCGGUCCAUGCAGGUAGCUUGCUACACCUUUGUUUGGAAUUGGAUUGCGACUGUUGUCUUUAUUAUUUAUCAGUGGCGGUACGGAAAGAAUCUAGCGGGCCUGGGAGUUAUCUCGUAGAUAUCAUACUAUAUAGAAUAGAUACCGACGACGACCAAAGAAUAGAGUUUGCAGAAGGUUAGCCACGCUGACUUUCACGGUUCAGCGAUGAUUAGUUAUUGCAUCAGUUCGUUUUGCUAGGACCUCGGGAAAGAUCAGGGAUCUAGGGCUCAGUAUAUGUAGGGUUUAGUACAUGAUCAACGUAGUUACCCGUUGUGCAUGUUGCUACGUGUUGAUGUUCGGGACUGUUGUGAAGCC